CGCUGUCCUCCCGUCAGCUUGUCAACUACAGCCUUUGGACGGGUCGCAGUUAUCCAUAACGACGCGUGGGUAUUGACUCCGAGAGAGAAUUUGCAAAGUCUACGCAAUAUUACGCGCUGCUUGCUCAUAAGAAAUGUAAAGCGCGUCGGCCGCGGCUCGGGAUUGUUAUCCGAAAGAGCGACUCACCAGCACCACCAGAACAACAAUUUGCCACUUGCACUCUCCUUGCAUUGAUCUCGUGGCAGAGGAAUGGAAAGAAACUGUCAUGGCUUCGGAAAAGAGACCUUCCAUUACCCUCCCCUCCUCGAGUCCGACCGGCCGUGGAGUCAGCCCAUCUCCCCAGGGAUUGAGACUACGUCCACUGGGUAGGGCGACCACGUUUGCUGAGGACAACUCUCGGUUGGGACGUCGAUCAAGCUCAUUCAUCUCCGAAACAUUAUCUGAGACGCGAAGGUCAUUGCGAUCAUCUACCGACGAUAUUCUUCUACCACGUCUAAAAGACGGGGACGACAUUGUCGACCAUGAUGAGAAUUCUCAUUGGCAAUCUCUUCCCCUGGGCCUUGCAUUGCUGCCGGCUGUUGGAGGUUUGCUAUUCAAGAAUGGAAGCGCGGUGAUUACCGACAUCACGCUAUUGGGUCUUGCUGCUAUUUUCAUGAACUGGGCGCUCAGAUCACCAUGGGAUUGGUAUCGAGCUGCACAGACUCAAGCUCCGCCCGGGUCGGCUACACCGCCAGUGUUUACUCCAAUCGAUGAAAGGGACGAGGAAUUGGAUCCAACGGCGAACCCUGUUGGUGGCGAGGGCUCUCCAUCUGCCCACCCUUCUGGUCCCAAGUCCAUCAGUUCAAGUGGAUUGCAUCAUGCCGAAAAGGCGUCUGCUAGAAAGGAACUACGGAUUUAUGAACUUGCCGCACUGGUCUGCUGCUUCACUUUCCCGUUGCUGGCAGCCUGGCUACUUCACGGCAUCCGAUCGCAACUCAGUCGACCGUCUGAGGGUCUAGUGUCUGACUAUAAUUUGACCAUUUUCAUACUGGUGUCCGAAAUUCGGCCGCUCUCCCAUCUCAUCAAAAUGGUACAGAAGAGGACGCUCUUUUUGCAGCGCAAGGUCAGUGCUGACCUGCUGGCUGAUAGCAGACGAGUGGACAAUCAGCAGCUCAAAGAUCUCUCCCAUCGACUUGAGGAACUAGAAGCUCAUGUCGCAGAUCGGAUUGACACGGAGGCACCACAGAUCCCAGAACCUGUCGGCAAGGCUCUCGACGCGAAGAUCCCGACUGUGGUGCGAACAGAAGUCCAGAAGACGGUGCAGCCUGAAGUGGAUGCGCUGAACCGAGCCAUGCGCCGGUACGAGAAGAGAACCACGAUUUCCGCCGUCCAAUUCGAGUCGAGGCUGCAGGACCUCGAAGCACGGCUGAAUGAUGUCGUAUCACUGGCUGCCGCCGUUCAACGAAAUGCUGAUCGGAAGACGGACAGUUAUUUUCUCAUUUUGACGAACUGGGCGUGUGCGAUGGUGGUAGUCCCCGCGCAGUACCUGCUAUAUCUUUUGAGCCUACCCGGCAAAAUGGCCAAUGCGGUUAUUGCGUGGCCAAAACAAUACUUCUCCAAGACGACAAAGUCGGCAGCACCCGGCAAAGAUGCUCGGACUGCGAGGAGGAGUGCAGCUCCACGUUCUAGCGAUCGCGAAAAGAGGGCCAAGGUAUCACACACCCAGGCUGCGAGCUAAGGAAGUACCGAGGUCUGCUUUUUUUCAGAAUGGAGUUAUUCGUGUCCUAUUUUGUUUGAUAAUCCCACUCGUACAAGUUACGUGCGGGAGUAUGUCCAGGGAGUGGUGAUCGCUACUGCGUGAAGUGCAGCGAUAAAGAUAUAUACCACGAGGGAUGCUUGGGACCCAGAGAUAUACCCCCUCGGGGUUGAAUGACUGUGUACGUUGAGAUUCGCGAUGGGUGUUAUAAAGGCGCAAUGGCUAAAGUAGGCAUGCUGGUUCCUGUUUCAUUCGUAUAACUAUGCGUUAG